UUACCACGUGCUCUGUGUGUCACUUCUUAAAAAUACGCAACCGGACAGAGCUACCAGUGUGGAUGUUGUUGUUGGAGCUAACGUUGUUAUUUACAGGAGUUCCCCCUAACCCUUUAACCCCCGCCGCCCUGCGAUGCAUCUUAUUCCCCAGUCGGUUCCGCUGACCUUUCAUAUAUAAGUCUGGCAGACAGCUGAUCACUGAAAGCAACUCUGUUUCUGAUUCUGCAAACACAGCUAGCAUUAGCUAGCGGGUCCCACAGCAGAGCUAACGGCUAGUUGCUUAGCAGUGAUGGAGUGGCGGGGCAACGGGACUCCAGUUUACCCCGGUGAAGAAUCCAGCACUGACCCGGCUUCAGCAGCCAGGGGCUACAGUGGUGUUUAUCAUCACCAGCAGUCACCAUCAUCACAACUUUGUGAUUGUGCAAUGGCAUCACUGUGCCAGAGCCAGCAGCGCUGUGUGAAGGCCUCUAUCGUCUCCAGCUGGAGACUGGCUGAGGCGCAGGACCAGCUAUGUUCUCUUGGGGUCCACAGCUCAGAGUCCCUGGAGCAGGAACGUGCUCGGACACUGGCCUGCCCCACAGAACUCACGCACACUGAGGAGGAGUGGCGUCGCAAGGAAAGCAUGCUGGGAGGUCAGGAACCCAGCCGCAGUCCUGUGCUCGGAGCUGUCGGAAGUUGGGACGUUUUUGAUAAGAGUAUCAUUAAUUUCCAAAAUCAACCUGCUGAAAUGGAUCAAGAUAAGUGCAAUACAUUUCUCCAAAAGUAUGAGAAAGAGAUCAGGCAUUUUGGUAUGCUGAGGAGAUGGGACGACAGUCAGCGAUUCCUUGCAGGCAUGCCUCAGCUCAUCUCUGAGGAAACGGCCAAUUACUUAAUUCUGUGGUGCAUGAGACUACAGCAAGAAGGGAAAGAAGCACUGAUGGAGCAGGUGGCGCACCAAGCUGUAGUCAUGCAGUUCAUCCUGGAGAUGGCGUUGAACUCUCAGAAGGAUCCUAGAGGCUGCUUCAGACAGUUCUUUCACAAAGCCAAAGAAGGACAAGAUGUCUACUUAGAAGUCUUCCAUACAGAGCUAGAGGCCUUCAAACACAGAGUUAAAGAAUAUGCAGUCAAGUGUAGAGGUGAUACACCCAACAAUGCUGAACAACACAACACUGGCACAAACUGCAGACUCGACCCCAAAGAAUCCCUGGACUCUUUACCUCCAGUGGCAGAGUAUCCUGUGAAGCGUUGUUUAGAAGCCGGACUGUGGACAAGCACAGGGAGGUGGACAAAGGAUGAUACUACAGAAACAGAGGACAUACGCAUGAUGGAGACCUCCUAGGGAUUGUGGGAUCAGCCCCUGCUUUUCUUCCAUCUCCAUCAUCUCCCCAUUUAGGAACAACCUAAAUUUUAAGCCCUCUUUUGACAGCAGACCAGGCUAAUAAGCAGCAGUGUAGAGCAGGAAUAAACUGAGACAUGAUCAGUCAUUAACGCUGCAUUUCUCAGUGGAGAACGGGUAGGAAAUUAUGUUUUACUGAGGACAGACAUUUCCCAUUGUUGCCGUUAGUAUAUCAGUGUGGUUAACCUUGGGCGAGUUGGUUCCUGCAGUGGCUCUUGCCAGCUAAAUGCACGUCUUGUGCCAUAAUACUGGUUUUAUAGAUCUCUCAUUAUUUUCUUUCAAGCUGGUUUUUCUUAUUUCUCCUGGAACAGAGAAACAAGUUAAGACAACACAAAGAAAACUUAACCAGUUAAAUCCAGCGUCUGGAGAAGAGGUUAGGUUAGUGGACCUGUUGUUACAGGUGCUUAAAAUAAAUCCUAUUAAGUUUGAGAGAAGCAUGACUGACCCAUGAAUGGCUUCGCUCUCAAAUGCAAUGCUGAAAAUAGUAUAUGUCCAGUAUUUCAAACUAGGUUUUGAAGUAAAAUUUUAAACUUCCUGAUGUAACAUUACCAUAACAUUUGGUAAAGACUGGGCCUCAGAUCCUUUAAAAUGUGUUUCCUUUUUUAUUUUUAAAUUGGAUCACUACAGCUGAACUUGCUGGCUUUAUGCUAAUCUGCUAAAAGCCAUUUAAAUGGCUGAAUCAGUAAACAUAUACAGAAAGCAAAAGUGUUUUCUCCAAGCUUCACCUUGACAUGCCAGACUGAACGUACAGGCCAGUUGAAGGUUCAAUUGAAAGCGCCUGUUGAGUGAAUCAGAUUCAUCCUUGCAACGUUCAGGCCCACAACUAAUCUGCAUGUGGGGAGUUGCACACAGUCUCACAGGUCUCUCAGGCUGAUUAACAGGAGAGGAUUAAUAAUGCAGUGUGUGGGUGGCCAGUCAGUUCACUGACUCACUUGUCUAACAUGAACAGAUGACAUCUAUUGGUACAAAUGUUUAACAUUUACAUUGACUAUUGUUAUACAUUAUUUUCUCAUUACCUGAUUGUUGCAAUUCCUUGUUGUCCUCUGUCUGGGCCAUGAAAAGCAGCUAGCCUCGAUGCUCAAAGUGAAGCUAGAGUUCUAAUGUUAAAUAAAAUGGAGGGGGUUAUAUUAAAGCACUGCUUUUACAAAUGCAAAAUGAUAGUUAAUAUCAAUGUGGCCUUACAUCAUUUCAUUUGAACACUGCUAAUUAGCAGCAUGAAGGUCAUGAAGUUCAUGCAUAUCAUGAACGGCAGGACAAGAGAGUUAAUAAUGUUUAAGGUCCUCUGAAAACUACUCUUAGUGUUGUCUGGGGAGGCUUAAGAAGCAAUUAAAGUGUGUAACCUCCUUUACAUUUGCCAUUACCAUGCAUCUUUGGAAUUCAGAUUUUAUCUAGAUAGUGUACAUGUAUACAUUCACUCAGGACAUCAAACCUGUAGUGAAUCAAAAUACAAAAUCAUGAGUUUCCAAUUAAUACAAAAUGACCAACAGAAGAUAACAAUAUACAGUGUAUUCUCUUGGGUCUUAUUGUCUUGUUCUGUUAUAAAAAUAAUUCAGCUUUGCAGAAAAAUAAUUAGUCGCUCAUUUAUUUAAGCUGCUUGACAUGAGACAAUAACAAACUAAAGACUAACAGUGCAUGCUUUUUGGAAAGUGACUGCAAGAUUAUGUUUGAGACAAUAUAGUAACUCAGCCUCUAUUGCAUGACAGAGCACUCAGAUUUGAUGCACAUAAAUACACACAGUGAGAGGCGCAGGAUCAGCCCCAUUUUAUGAGGAUAUUUGAGACAUUUUUAGUUUUAAGUGACGGUUAAUUAUCUAAAUCCAGGUAUUAUCUGGGUGAAAGAGGCAUGGUGAGGUAAGGUGUAAAGAGGGCACUGCACUUGCUACAUACAGUAGGUGGUUCGUAUUGAUCAGCUGAAUUAUGCUCCCGUGGAAUUUAUUUCAUCAGCUGUUUAGGUAAUCAAAGCAUCAAAUUUAAACCUACGCACAGGUGAUAUAGCUCAACCUUGAGUACAGGUGAUAAAGUACAAAAUCAUGCCAAAUUCUUCAUAUUUUACUUCAUAAAAGGUUAACAAGGUCUGUAUGGGCUUUGUAUAUUUAUUUCUUUCUGGGUCAGUGACGUGCUUGUGUAAAACUAACUUAUAUUUUUUUAACCAGCUUGCCAUCUUUUACCCAGCACCCUAAAAAGAGUUACAACCACCAGUUUCCUUAAACAAGUGCGCUGUGCACACUGUUGUCAGUUGUGUGCAGUUACAGUUCUCAAUUCUGCCAUCUACACCUGAGUAGGUGAUUAAAAAGCACCAGUGUGAAGGGGAGGAAAAAAGGGCUGCGCUCUCCACAAAGAGACUUUUACUGUAUAUUUGUAUGCAGAAGGGAGCUCUCUGCAUUUGAAUGUGUCCUGCACUUUAUAUUUCUUUUUUCAAAGCUGUUUUUAGUUUUGUCACUUUUUUUGUUGUGCUCCCAGUCAUCGAAUUGAAUCUGAACAUUUUUGUUUUACAAGCAUCCCUUCGAGGAACUUGUGGGUUGAAUUGUGUGAUGUUUUGUUUUGUUUUACUGUUGUAUUCUAUCGUCUUCUGACCUUUGUUUUUUGUUCAAGGGAGCUUUUGCCAGAUUCAUUAGGCUUCCCAGUAACUGUCCCAUUGAUAAUUGUAUUCUUUUAUUUAACAAGAAAAUAAAAAUCAGUGUAAAAAUUUGCUGAGCGACAUGAUCAGCAAGAUUUUUAUUGCAGGCUAUGGAAAUAGAAAUACCAUACGAUGCAUUAAAGUACAAUUCAUCACAA